UUUGCUUUUUGGUCACCUUGUUUCAUCACAGCAAUAGUAACCCUAAGACACGGGCAACGGGAAAGGAUAGAGUGACAGUCCUCCAAUGUGUCUUAGGUAUGGUCUGAUAUCCAUGAAUUCUAUACGCUAGCUAACAUCUCUCGUUAAUUUUCACGUUCGCUUGACUGGUGAAGUGUACGGUCUUCGACUAGCCCUGUUCUGGAGCAAACACAGUUCAGAAGAGGUUUUAUGGUAUAGUGGAACUAACAAAGAUAUUCCUACUAACAAAGGUUAGCUAUGCUUUCAACAUGACUCACUAACCACUGAGUUUUACUACCGCUAUCACAAGGCAAUUCUCUUCAACAGCAUUUAAAAUGUCCAAAAGAAUAAGGAAGGUUUCAGCAACUACUUUGGUAAGGGGAGGGGAUCAGGUAGAUUUGUCUGUGACCUUCACGACUUUAAGGAAAGCUUGUAGCAGCUUCCCUUCCUUCCCUCUCCCUCCGGAUGCUGGCGUGUAUGUCCUGGUAGAAUACGGGCAGGGAAUCGAAUGGAAGCACUGUUUUCAGGUUUUGGGCUCACCACUAGGGACAGUUUUGGGUUCUGGAGGUCACAGGGAAGGUGGAACCGAAGGGUAGGACAUACUUGGGUUGUGGGGCAAGGGGAAAUGUUUGAAAAGUCGCUCCUAGUUUUCGGCAAUCUAAGAGGAUCUUUCUGAAAACUCACAGCCAUGCCGUGCCAGACCCUGGGAGCUACGUGAAGAGGAGAGAGAUGGGAUGGGCAUCUAUCCCCCCAUAAGGACAGCCUGGGGUUCAGCUAAGAGAUCCUCAACAAUUGAGAGCAUCUUCCAGUCACCGCCAUGGCUCCGCUUGUCAUCCUCGGACAGGCUUGAUUUGAUGGCACAUCUUCCAUCUAGGAAGAGCCAUCACUUGCAACCAGGCAGUGUUGAGCAGGUGUUCAGAGAGGAAGUGGAGGGUUAUAGCCAGGGCACCUGCGUUCUGUUUCCACUCUGCCAGUUACCACUGACCUCGGCAAUCCUUUAAGUCUCCAUCUUCCACUCCCUCAUGCAGAAAAUGAAGGUGACCCCACUUCCAAGGCCUCCUUCAAAGGAUCCCAGGGCCGAUCACGAGGAAUAAUUUCUAAGACUGCAAACACGGAGGACUCCAACAUGAAGAAAAAUAAGUUAAACCUACUCAGCUGGAGUUUCCAGAAAUUUCUUCCCCAGAGAUCCAACUGUGGCUGGGCAGCGCCAGUUCGAAUUGAUUCAUUGCAAUGGGCUGCCACACAUGCCAAAUACCUAUGUGCAGGACCCCUCCAUCCUCCCCGUGGGUUUCGGUUGAUUUCUCCCUUUCAUGAAAAGCGGUUUUUGUUGCCGAGAUUCUGUACACCAACUCCACAAGCUGGGAGCCUGGGAAGGGACCGUUUUGCCUCCUCCUCCUCCUUCCUCCCUCUCCCCUCUUAAGGUCUCUGGAGUUGUCCGCAUGUGAAUGGGUUUCUUUGGCUGAUCACCAAAGACCCUGCAGCAUUCCCGAGAGCUGAGCCCUCUGGGCGAUCUGAGAACAGCAUCCCCCACAGUCAGAGGUCGCGCAGCCCCACGGGGACCAUCCUCCCUCCCGCAGCCUCUGGCCGCGGGGAGCACCGGCUCAGACCCCGCAGAGAGCUUGGGCCCUUCCCGCCUCCGCCCCGCAGCCCCUCGCCGCCAGUAGCAGCGCUGCUAUCUUCCCACAGGAGCACUGGGAGAAAGCUGGAGUCUGCAGCGCCCCCGCCCCCUCGCCUUUUCUUUCUUUCCCUGCUUUGGGAUCUUGCUGUCUGGAGGGAGAGGUUCCGAGAAGAAGAAAGCUAGGGGCGCGAGCGCAGGUUUCUGCCGCGGCGCGCGAACGGAGCUAGGGGAGCAGCAUCCUCGGUGUCCACUCAGGAUCGCAGCUGCACUGACCGACAUGUGACGGAGGAAAGCCCCUCUCAUCAUCUGUCGCCGCCUCCAAAAGGGUCCCAGAGCGCUCGCAGAGGCCGACAUCCGGAGCUGCUUUGCCAGCAGCGUUGUGGGACGGGAGCGGCUAGCACACCGGCUCGCAGGUACCAGGCUCGCACUCUAGGAAGAGCGCAGCGGAGACCACCGCCUCGCUCGCACUCGGCACAACUCCGGGGCCGGCAGAGCGCUGCUGGACCGCGUCCAGAUUCCCGCCGACUUCAACCAGAGUGACCCACAGCUCCAGCCCGUCCCUCUGCACCGCCUAGAGUUCCAGAUUAACCGGAAUCUGCGCCGACCCGCACGCCCAGGUCCCCGCAACGCCCCGGGCCAGAUGGAGAGCGCGCCUGCCGCUGCUCCCUAACUGCUGACGCCGCCGUCCGAGCCGCACACCGAGGUCCCUCCUACACCGAAGCUAGUCCUUCUUGGGGGUGUUGGGGGUGCCCUAGACGCUGGGGAGCGCGCACCAUGAAGUCGGCGCUGUGUAGCCGCUUCUUCAUCCUCCUGCCCUGGAUCCUGAUCGUCAUCAUCAUGCUGGACGUGGAUCCCCGCAGGCCCGCGCCCCAACUCACUUCGCGCCCCUACUUCUCGCCCCACACAGUGGGCUGCGGGGGCUCCCGAGUCCCGCUCCGACGGAGCAGCCUAGGGCGUGACGCUGCCGAGAAGCGCAACGAGUCCCGGCCUCCGCUGCAGCCGGAGCCGCGGUUGCCCACCAUCUAUGCCAUCACGCCCACCUACAGCCGCCCGGUGCAGAAAGCCGAGCUGACCCGCCUGGCUAACACGUUCCGCCAGGUGGCGCAGCUGCACUGGAUCCUGGUGGAGGAUCGAGCCACACGCAGCGAGCUGGUGAGCAGCUUCCUAGAGCGGGCCGGGUUGCCCAACACGCACCUACACGUGCCCACGCCGCGGCGCUACAAGCGACCGUGGCUGCCGCGCGCCACCGAACAACGCAACGCGGGCCUCGCCUGGCUGCGCCAGAGGCACCAGCACCAGAGCGCGCAGCCCGGAGUGCUCUUCUUCGCCGACGACGACAACACCUACAGUCUGGAGCUCUUCCAGGAGAUGAGGACCACCCGCAAGGUUUCUGUCUGGCCUGUGGGCCUCGUUGGCGGGCGACGCUAUGAACGACCACUGGUGAAAAAUGGCAAAGUUGUUGGCUGGUACACCGGGUGGAGAGAAGACAGGCCUUUUGCCAUCGACAUGGCAGGAUUUGCUGUGAGUCUGCAAGUCAUCUUGUCCAAUCCUAAAGCUGUAUUUAAGCGCCGUGGAUCCCAGCCAGGCAUGCAAGAAUCUGACUUUCUAAAGCAGAUAACAACAGUUGAAGAACUGGAACCAAAAGCUAGUAACUGCACCAAGGUUCUCGUGUGGCACACUCGGACAGAGAAGGUCAAUCUAGCCAAUGAGCCAAAGUACCACCUGGACACAGUGAACAUUGAAGUGUAGACGCCAAGACGCAGGUGUAGAAGAGGAAGUCUGGAAUUUAGGCUGCAGCUCAUUCAGGUAUUGUUCCUUUCCUUCAGCCCUUCCUGUCAGCCGAAGGACAUCUGUUUAGACAGCUAACUGGAUGCUACAAAAUGUGUUGUCUUCAUUUGUUCUGCAUGUGUUCUCUAAAGCUAAUUGGGAAGAUAUUUGUACACUGAAGCUACAGGACACUGGGGAAAAUUCUGAGUAUCUCCUGUCCUGCUGCUCCCUCCCUUCCUCAAGCCAUCUCAUAAUUGAUGGAAUAGGUCUUAGAACCUGAUCCAUGAGUAUUUUGUCAACUAAACAGUCCCAACUCUUGGCAGUGUACACUGAAGGAAAUAAAACCCACAAAUAGAAAA